UUUGUUAAAGGUUCUGAAGACCAUGUCAACAUUAUUGAAGUUACCUUCACAAAAGAUGCUAGCCAAGUACCUCAAGCACUGUAGUGAACAGCGUGAAGACAAAUCUAGCGCCACCUGGCAAUGCCAGCUCCCAAACCUAAGUUUUCCUGUGUCUGCUUCCAUCUGGAUCCAGGGGGUAGUUGUUGAUAUAAAGAACUCUGGUAGUACAGUGGUUGUGGAUGAUGGAACUGGAACUGUAACGCUGGUACAGUGUGAUAGUGCAGCUUCUAAAGUAAUGACUAAAAAAGGGAUGUACAUCAUGGCUUGGCUGUUUGUUUCAGGGAUGUAUAUCAUGGCUGUGGGGUCACUAGAGACUGGUGGUGAGCAGCCAACUGUCAAACCUAUCAAACUUCAGGACUUGAGUGAGUUGGAUGAUGUUGAUGCCUUGUGGCCUUUAGAGGUUCUGCACCAGAUCAACUUUCUCAAUGGAUAA